UCGGCCCAUGGCCAUGUCUACCUGCGUGUCACCCAACGGGUGGGAGCGGCUAACAACUGUGGCAACGAAGUACAAAAAUAAUCUCCCUUCAUCGGCGCUCACGUUCUGGCACCACCAGCGAGGCCCCUCAACGACGACAUCAUCUCGCUGUUGUUCGCAUCUCUUCUCGGCAUUUGGUGCAUAUCGACGCCCAUUUGGUCCAGCUACUCUGCUAUCCGGUGCUCGCCUCCGCUACUCACUACUCGCUACUCGCUACUUUUGGUGCUCGCCGUCUUCGCCUAUGGUCACCCGCUGUUCGCCUCUUGCCGAGAAUCUAGCCGCUACACUGUCGAAUCCACUGUUCGUAACCGUACAAAAAAAAAGGAUCCUUAUACAGCAGUUGAUCGCAUUGCCAAAGGGCUGAUAUCACGGGUCUACAGGUACUACUAGUAGCCAAUGAUCCUCUUGAUGAAAGAAAUGUAAAAUUUGAAGGUUGGUAUUCUUUCUUCAAUUAAUCAAAUUCAUUAUUUUUGUCUUUUCUUUUAUGUUUUAUUGGAGCAAUUUUGAAGUAGGUUAGUGUUAGAUUUCCAUUAAAACAUGGCCAAAAAAUGUUUGGCCAUGUUUUAAGAUAUUAAGACUUUUCUGGGUAUGAUCAAAUUAUCGAAGAAGUAGCUUAUUUAUGCUGCCAAACUUUUUUAAGUACGACUAGACCAAUGAGAGAGCAACUUAUCGUGCAUCCUGGCGACCCACGACUAAGCUCUUUUUGUAUACAUAAUUAAUAUCCAUAAAUUUAAUUUAAUAUGUAAUCAUAUUUUAAUUGUUUUAAAUAAAUGUUAGUUGUUUUGUAUGGAUCAUUCAGUUUUAAUAAUAUAUACAAUUUAUUUGUGUUGA